ACUGCUGGUUCCCCAGGGUUACAUUCUAAUAAACCUACUGUAAGUUGAAAAUAUCUCAAGUUGAAUAUGUAUUUAAUGUACCUAAUCUACCAAAUAUCAGAGUUUAUUUAGCCUCACCUACUUUAAGCGUCCUCAGAACACAUUAGUCUACACUUGGGCAAAACCAUCUACACAAGGCCAUUAUAGUAAAGUGUUGGAUAUUGCAUGUGAUGUAUUGCAUUGUUGUUGAAAGUGGAAAGCAGAAUGGUGGUUUGGGUACUCGAGCUAGAGUCUGCACCGAACGUGUAUAGAUUUUGCACUCUUGGGAAGUUGAAGAACUGGAAGUCAAACCAUUGUUGUCAGGGACCAUUUGUACUUACUGCAGUUCUGUUUGCUUCUCUUUUAAGGAAAAUUUCAAAAAUGUUUCAAAAUCCUGUGGAAAAUCUUGACAACAUCAGAAAAGUGCGAAAAAAGGUCAAAAGCAUUCUCGUGGAUAUUGGGCGUGACAGCUGUGAGGAGCUGCUGCAGGACCUUAAAGGCUUUGAUCCAGGAGAAAAGUACUUUUAUAACACUUCAUGGGGAGAUAUUUCUCUCUGGGAACCUGCUGGAAAGAAAGGGUACAAGAUGAUGGUAAAAGGAGAACGUGACUUCACCUGGAGGGAGUGCUGCGAUCUGAAGGAAGCUUUAUCUUGAGAAGAAAAUGAAGAUCAUAAACAAAUACAAAGCUGGUAAGAGAUGCAAAUUGAGACAAAGUUAUCAAGGAGGCAUUUCCCUUAGGCCAUCUCACUCUUAAGAAUAAAAAAAUGAUUUUGCCAGAUGUAUACUGUGUUGUGAGAUACCGAACCAAGCCGUACUGCUGUGGCCUCUGUACAUACUCUACCAAGGUGCUCACGUCGUUCAGAAAUCACGUCCAUCGCUGCCACGAAGAUGAGCUUGACCAGGAGCUGGUGAUCCCAUGCCCGAACUGUGUGUUUGCGUCGCAGCCCAAAGUCGUAGGAAAGCACUUCAGGAUGUUCCACGCGCCUGCUCGGAAGGUCCAGAACUACACGGUGAACAUUUUAGGCGAAACUAAAUCAUCAAGAAGUGACGUGAUAAGCUUCACUUGCCUGAAGUGCAGUUUCUCGAACACACUGUACUACAGCAUGAAGAAGCACGUGCUGGUGGCCCACUUCCACCAUGUAAUCAGCUCCUACUUUGGCCUGAGAGCGGAGGGGUCCGGCGAGCCUCCUGACAGCAGUGGGGCAGCCUGUGUGGAGAAGGCCCCGCCCUCAGACAGGUACUUCUGUAAGAAGUGCAGUGCUGACGCCAGCAGCCAGGACGCACUCAUGUACCACAUCCUGACGUCGGACGCCCACAGGGACCUGGAGAACAAGCUCAGGUCUGUGAUCUCGGAGCACAUCAAGAGGACCGGACUCUUGAAGCCAACUCAUAUCGCCCCCAAACCGGGGGCGCGCGUGGCCAUCCCGCGGAACGGUGGCAUCCCAGGCAUCCCAGCCCAGCCUUCUUGCUUCCAUCUUGCCUUGCCGCAGAGCACUCAGAGCCCGGCCGCGGUGCAGCCAGUGUCAUUGCCCGCAGGUACUUCUGGGAGCCUCACCCACUCUCCUCCCGCCAUCGCCCCGUCUCACGUGACCCUUGUCUCCAGUUCUGUGCCAGUGGGCCAGAACAGCCUCGCUCUGCAGCCCUCGGCUUCUCAGCCUGUCUUCCUCUCUCACGGGGUCCCUCUCAGCCAGCCAGUGACACCUUCUGUGCUGCCCCUGAGCCAGCCAGUUGGGCCUGUAAAUAAGUCCCUGGGAACGGGCAUCCUCCCCCUGAGCCCGACUGUGCGCCCUGGGGUUUUACCGCUCGCUCAGCCUGUUGGGCCCCUAGCCAGACAUGCUGGGCCUGGAGUCCUUCCUGUCAGCCCCUCUGUUGCUCCUGGGGUCCUGCAGGCGGUCUCCCCAGGAGUGAUUUCUGUGAGUCGGGCAAUGCCAUCCGGGGUCCUUCCUACAGGGCAGGGGACCCCUGCUGGGGUUAUCCCUGGGCAGACAGCCACUUCUGGGGUCCUUCCUACCGGCCAGAUGGUUCAGUCGGGGGUCCUCCCUGUCGGCCAGACGGCCCCAUCACAGGUUCUCCCUGCUGGCCAGACAGUCCCACUGAGAGUUCUCCCUGCAGGCCAGGUGGUCUCCUCUGGGCUGCUCUCUGCCAACCAGACCGUGUCCUCAGGUGUUGUUCCUGUGAGCCAGGGUGUGCGCCCAGGGGUUCUCCAGUUCAGCCAGCCUGUCAUGUCUGGAGUCCUCCCUGUGGGCCCACCCGUGAGGCCUGGGGUCCUGCAGCUCAGCCAGUCUGUCAGCACCAACAUUCUGCCUGUGACCCAACCCGUGAGGCCUGGCACCUCGCAGAGCGCCACUUUCCUCACCUCGGGCUCUAUUCUCCGACAGCUCAUCCCUACAGGGAAGCAGGUGAAUGGGAUCCCGACCUACACCCUGGCCCCGGUGUCUGUCACUCUGCCUGUGCCUCCCACAGGUGUCACAACUGCUGCCCCUCCGCAGGUGCCCAUCCAGCUCCUGUCCCCGGGCACCCCCGCCCAGCUGGCUGGCUCCAUGGCCGGCCUGCCUGCACCCCCAGUGCUGGUGGGGGCCGCACAGAGUGUGCUGACCCAGGCCCCCGUGGCGGUGGCGGACGCCCCGCAGGCACUCAGGCAGGCCAAGCAGUGGAAAACCUGCCCUGUGUGCAAUGAGCUCUUCCCCUCCAACGUGUACCAGGUGCACAUGGAGGUCGCUCACACACAUGGUGAGGCCAGGCCCGGUGAGAAAGCAGAGCCUGAGAGACUGGCAGCCUGUGCGCCCUUCUUGAAGUGGGUUAGGGAGAAGACGGUGCGCUGCGUGUCCUGUCGGCGCCUGCUCUCCGAGGAGGAGCUCAUCCGCCACCUACUGGUGCACGGUCUGGGGUGCCCGUCCUGCCCGCACACGUUCCACGACAUCCAGGCACUCUCAGAGCACAGCAGGACCGUGCACCUGGGCCGGAGGGUGCCGCCUGCCGAUGGCGGUCACAAGGGCUUCCGCCUGGACGUGGACGCCGACGGUACGUUGCUCUUCCCUCACCUCGAUUUUGUCACUGUGCUGCCGCAGGAGGAGCUCGGGGAGCGGGAGGUCUACUUGGCAGUCCUUGCUGGGGUGCAUGCCAAGUCACUGGUGCCCGUGUACGUGAAGGUGCGGCCUCAGGCCGGUGGUGCCCCAGCGAGCCCCAACAGAUGCGUGCUGACCUGCCCUUUUUGCUUUGGCACCUAUGCACGGACGGAAGCGUAUGAGCUGCACCUGAAGGAGCGGCAUCACAUCAUGCCGACGGUGCACACGGUCCUCAAGUCUCCAGCCUUCAAGUGCAUCCACUGCUGCGGGGUCUACACGGGGAGCAUGACCCUGGCAGCCAUCGCCGUGCACCUACUGCGCUGCAGGAGUGCUCCCAAGGACAGCAGCUCCGACUUGCAGGCCCAGCCUGAUUUUAUUGAGAGCAGCGAUUUGCUAUUAGUCAACGGUGAAGUGAUACAUGAUGCCAGCUCUUCCGUAAAGAGAAAGCUGCCCGACGGCCACUGUGGAGCAGAGGACCAGAGGGGCAGGGCAGAGCAGCCUCCCCUCCCUGGAGCCGAUGCGUCCUUGGGUCUGGAGAACGCGACUGGUGGUGUGCCUUUUAAAAGACAACGGAGCGAUGGCCGGACAGAUGGGCCAGCUGCCGACAGUGCCCUCCAGGUCCUGGCACUGGAUCCUAAGAAGUAUGAAGGCCGUUCUUAUGAAGAAAAAAAGCAGUUUCUUCGAGAUUAUUUCCAUAAGAGACCGUAUCCUAGUAAAAAGGAGCUAGAAUUGUUGUCCUCCCUUUUAUGGGUGUGGAAGAUUGAUGUGGCUUCAUUUUUUGGGAAAAGGAGGUACAUUUGCAUGAAAGCAAUAAAAAAUCACAAACCCUCUGUUCUUCUAGGUUUCGAUAUGUCUGAGCUUAAGAAUGUUAAGCACAGAUUGAACUUUGAGUACGAGCCACAGAACUUGUAAAACUAGUAAAUAUUGAGUGCUAGGUAAUAGAUUUUCAGAUUUAGUAUGAGGUUUUUUAAAUGUUCCCUUCACUGUGUUGAAUUGAUCAAUUUCAGUGGUCUUUAUGCUGCUCUUUAGUUUUUUUUUCAGGUGCUCAGAAAGAUCCCUGUAUAGGGAAGUGAAUAGUUCUUUCAGAUAUAUUGUUUCAGUUUGGUUUGUAACAAUUAUUUUCAGUUUUUUUGUGUCAUAUAAAUUAAAUCUUUGGAUCUUCAUGCACGCCUUA